CAGACGAGGAGGCGAAGCUCGCGGGGCAGUGACUAGCCAGCCCGCGGAGUCAGCGUACCCUCCCUUCCCUGACCCUUCGGGGUGGGGAGUAGUUUGAACAGAGUUAGAUAGCGUGGAGCGUAGUGUAGAGAAACGGAGGUGUUAGAACCCGGCGGGAGUGUCCUGCCACCUGGCAUCUCGCUUGCCCAAGUCAGAGAGGAAUCCUCGAACUUGGGCCACUAGGCUGGACCGUCGUGGUGCUUGGUUGGAUUUCUCUCACUUGGUGGUUUCUUGAGUGUGUGGAGCUGCCCUUUCGUUGGUGGGAGGAGUCUCCGAGUUCUCGUCGCCUUCCACUCCUGUCUCUAGAGCCAAGCUUUGAACUUGUAGCCCUGCGACUGGGCGCCGGCACCAGAUAUCCGGGCACUGGGAGUUACCAGCCCAGUUCAAACCCCUGUAACCUCAAAACAGAAUUGUUGCAACAAGCUCCUGGCAAUCCUAAACAAUUCAUCUUGGUGUCCUGUCUUACUAUUGUGAUCACAUCAUGGAAAGUCAAUUGGCUAAAUCAACUGAAGAACGGACGUUUCAGUACCAGGAUUCUCUUCCAUCACUGCCUGUUCCUUCGCUUGAGGAAUCAUUAAAAAAAUACCUUGAAUCAGUAAAGCCAUUUGCCAAUGAAGAAGAGUAUAAGAAAACUGAAGCAAUUGUCCAAAAAUUUCAAAAUGGUAUUGGAGAAAAAUUGCAGAAGAAAUUACUCGAAAGGGCAAAAGGGAAACGAAAUUGGUUGGAAGAGUGGUGGCUGAAUGUUGCCUACCUGGAUGUUCGUACACCGUCACAACUGAAUGUCAACUUUGCGGGUCCUGCGCCCCAUAUUGAAAACUACUGGCCUCCAAAGGAAGGCACUCAACUGGAAAGAGGAAGUAUAUGUCUUUGGCAUGUCUUGAACUACUGGCAGCUAUUAAGAAAAGAAAAAAUACCUGUCCAAAAAGUUGGAAAUACUCCUCUAGAUAUGUAUCAAUUCCGGAUGCUGUUUGCCACCUGCAAGGUUCCAGGAAUCACUAGAGAUUCAGUUAUGAAUUAUUUUAGGACUGAGAGUGAAGGGUAUUGUCCAACUCACGUUGCUGUGCUGUGUCGAGGUCGAGUUUUUAUCUUCGAUGUAAUGCACAAAGGAUGUUUGGUCACCCCACCAGAGAUUCUCAGGCAGUUGACAUUUGUCCAAAAGAAGUGCCACAGUGAACCCGAUGGACCAGGAAUAGCAGCGCUAACUAGCGAGGAGCGAACUCGAUGGGCUAAGGCACGAGAGUAUUUGAUUAGACUUAAUCCAGAGAACUUGACUCUGUUAGAAAAAAUUGAGAGCAGUUUACUGGUAUAUUCCUUAGAGGAUGGCAGUCCACAUGUAACACCAGAAGAUUAUUCUCAGGUAACUGCAGAGAUUCUUACUGGAAAUCCAACAGUACGCUGGGGUGACAAAUCUUAUAACUUGAUUUCCUUUUCUAAUGGAGUAUUUGGCUGUAGUUGUGAUCAUUCUCCUUUUGAUGCGAUGGUUAUGGUAAACCUCAGCCAUUAUAUUGAUCAGAAAGUUUUGGAGAACGAAGGAAGAUGGAAGGGUUCAGAAAAAGUACGAGAAAUACCACUUCCAGAGGAGCUUGUUUUCACUGUGGAUGAAAAAGUAUUAAACGACAUCAACCAAGCUAAAGCCCAGUAUUUCAUGCAGGCAUCUGACCUGCAGCUUGUGGUGUAUGCCUUUACAUCUUUUGGCAAAAAGCAAACCAAGAAGAAGCAGCUUCACCCUGAUGCGUUUAUUCAGCUGGCACUUCAGCUGGGCUAUUAUAGACUUCAUGGACGCCCUGGUUGCUGCUAUGAAACAGCUAUGACAAGAUACUUUUAUCAUGGCCGUACAGAAACCAUGCGGUCAUGUACAGUAGAAGCAGUUAGUUGGUGCCAGUCCAUGCAGGAUCCUUCUACCAGUCUUUCUGAGCGGCAGCACAAGAUGUUAGAAGCUUUUGCAAAACAUAAUAAAAUGAUGAAAGAUUGUUCAGCUGGAAAAGGAUUUGACCGUCAUCUUUUAGGUCUGUCACUCAUAGCAAAAGAGGAAGGUCUUCCUGUUCCAGAACUCUUUACAGACCCACUUUUCUCCAGAAGUGGAGGAGGUGGAAACUUUGUCCUCUCAACAAGUCUGGUUGGUUAUUUUAGAAUCCAGGGAGCAGUGGUUCCAAUGGUACACAAUGGCUAUGGAUUUUUCUAUCACAUCAGAGAUGACAGAUUUCUUGUGUCCUGUACAGCCUGGAAAUCAUGUCCGGAAACUGAUGCAGAAAAGCUAGUUCAGCAGGUUUUUUGUGCUUUCCAUGAUAUGAUGCAGCUGAUGAACAUUGCUAAGCUUUAGAGACUAAUCAUUUACUAAGCAUUUAGCAAAAUAUGUCAUGAAACUAGGUGCUGGGAGUGGGUUGGUGAAAUAUAUAGGAAUAUUGAGUGAAGGAAACUUGUUAAAUGUAGAAAUUAGUAGAAUCAUGCUCUCUAAAUUUAUCCUGACAUAGAAAAUAGAAAUAUUUUUAACUUCCUCUCUUGCAGCAGCAAUGCAAAUUAUGAUGGGACUAUGGAACUAUGCAGAGUUUAAGCCUCAACAAUGCAAAUCUAUCAAUUUUAACAAUGCAGAUCUUACUCUCUUAAAUACAGUUGUUGGUACCUGUAUAGGCAGUAAGUCUUCUUUCUGAACAUCAUCAUAGGGUCUGUCUUUCAAGCACUUUAAAUUUUCUAGUUGCCAAAGGAUAUGAAAUCCAUGAUUGGAUGCUAAUUUCCCUGAAAUGAUUGAUUCUAUAGGGGUACAAGCCCAUGUUCCGGAAAGACCACUACAAUUUAUUCUAGAAAGAGUUUGUGUUGGACAGGCAGAAGAAUUAGGUUGUAGUUAGGAGGUUUAUAUCCUCUGACACACACAAAAAACCCUAACAAAAUUUAUUAUAGUAUGUUGUUAUAGUUUUGUGAGUAUAAAAUUAAAGCACUUAUAUUUAAAGUCAGUGACUUUAAAAGAACUAAGUAUGAAAUCAGAUUCUCAGGAUUUUUUUCCUUUGUUCAAUUUUGUAGUUUCUACUCAAUGAAAAUAAAAUUCUCAGAAUCACA